AUGAAGGUGUUACUCCUGCUGCAUUGGCUUGGGGUGUUUCUGUCCUGUUCUGGACACAUCCAGGUGGAGCACCCCCAAUAUCACAGCCGUCCGGAUGUGGUGAUUCCUGUGAGGAUAACUGGCACUGCCAGAGGCAUGAAACCUCCAGGCUGGCUCUCCUAUAUCCUUCCCUUUGGAGGUCAGAAACACAUUAUCCACAUAAAGGUCAAGAAGUUUUUGUUCUCCAAACACCUCCCUGUGUUCACUUACACAGACCAGGGUGCUAUCCUUGAGGACCAACCUUUUGUCCAGAAUAACUGCUACUAUCAUGGUUAUGUGGAAGGGGACCCAGAAUCCCUGGUUUCCCUCAGUACCUGUUUUGGGGGCUUUCAAGGAAUAUUACAGAUAAAUGACAUUGCUUAUGAAAUCAAGCCCUUAGCAUUUUCUACCACAUUUGAACAUCUGGUAUAUAAGAUGGACAGUAAGGAGAAACAAUUUUCAACCAUGAGAUCCGGAUUUAUGCAAAAUGAAAUAACAUGCCGAAUGGAAUUUGAAGAAAUUGAUAAUUCCACUCUGAAGCAAAGUUCUUACGUAGGCUGGUGGAUUCAUUUUAGAAUUAUUGAAAUGGUAGUUGUCAUUGAUAAUUAUCUAUACAUUCGUUAUAAAAGGAAUGACUCACAGUUGCUGGAGGAUCUAUAUGUUAUUUUUAAUAUAGUGGAUUCCAUUUUUGAUGUAAUUGGUGUUAAGGUGUUAUUAUUUGGUUUGGAGAUCUGGACUAAUAAAAACUUCAUUGUAAUAGAUGAUGUAAGGAAGUCUUUGCACCUAUAUUGCAAGUGGAAGUUGGACAACAUGACUCCCCGGUUACGACAUGACACCUCCCAUAUUUUCACAAGUCGAGGAUUAAGAGGGUUAAGUGGCAUAGGAGCUGUUAGCGGAAUGUGUACACUAGACCGCAGUUGUGCAAUUGUUACUUUCAUGAACAAAACUUUGGGCACUUUUUCAAUUGCAGUGGCUCAUCAUCUAGGUCAUAAUUUGGGCAUGAAUCAUGAUUAUGGUACAUGCCGUUGUUCACAAUAUCUAUGCAUAAUGCAUGAAGUUAACCCACCAAUAACUAAAUUUAGCAAUUGUAGUUAUGGUGAUUUUUGGGCACACACUGUAGAGAAGACAAAGUGUUUGCUUGAAAAUCUACACACAAAGGACAUCUUUAAUAGGAAGCGCUGUGGGAAUGGUGUUGUUGAAGAAGGAGAGGAGUGUGACUGUGGCCCUUUAAAGCAUUGUGCAAAAGAUCCCUGCUGUCUGUCAAACUGCACUCUGACCGAUGGUUCUACUUGUGCUUUUGGGCUUUGUUGCAAAGACUGCAAGUUCCUACCAUCAGGGGAAGUGUGUAGAAAGGAGGCCAAUGAAUGUGAUCUUCCAGAGUGGUGCAAUGGUACUUCCCAUAAGUGCCCAGAUGACGUUUAUGUGGAAGAUGGAAUUCCCUGUAAGGAGAGGUCCUACUGCUAUGAAAAGAGUUGUCAUGACCGCAAUGAACAGUGUAGGAGGAUUUUUGGUGCAGGGGCAAAUACCGCGAGUCAGACUUGCUACAAACAAUUGAACACCUUAGGUGAACGUGUUGGUCACUGUGGUAUCAAAAAUGCUUCAUAUAUCAAGUGUAAUAUCUCAGAUGUCCAGUGUGGAAGAAUUCAGUGUGAGAAUGUGACAGAGAUUCCCAGUUUGAGUGAUCAUACUACUAUUCAUUGGGCUCGCUUCAAUGACAUAAUGUGCUGGAGUACUGAUUACCAUUUGGGGAUGAAGGGACCUGAUAUUGGUGAAGUGAAAGAUGGAACAGAGUGUGGGAUAGAUCAUAUAUGCAUCCACAGGCACUGUGUCCAUAUAACCAUCUUGAAUAGUAAUUGCUCACCUGCAUUUUGUAACAAGAGGGGCAUCUGUAACAAUAAACAUCACUGCCAUUGCAAUUAUUUGUGGGACCCUCCCAACUGCCUGAUACAAGGCUAUGGAGGUAGUAUUGACAGUGGCCCACCCCCUAAGAGAAAGAAGAAAAAGAAGUUUUGUUAUCUGUGUUUAUUGUUGCUUAUUGUUUUGUUUAUCUUAUUAUAUUGUCUUUAUCGACUUUGUAAAAAAAAUAAGCCAAUAAAAAAGCAGCAAGAUGUUCAAACUCGAUCUGCAAAAGAAGAGGAAAAAAUUCUGCAUCCACCUCAUGAGUUACCUUCCCAGAGUCAACCUCCUGUGACGUCUUCCCAGAGUCAACCUCCUGUGACACCCUCCCAGCGUCAACCUCAGGUGACGCCUUCCCAGAGUCAACCUCCUGUGAUGCCCUCCCAGAGUCAACCUCGGGUGAUGCCUUCUCAGAGUCAACCUCCUGUGAUGCCCUCCCAGAGGCAACCUCAGUUGACACCUUCCCAGAGUCAGCGUCCUGUGACACCCUCCCAGAGCCAACCUUGGGUGACACCCUCCCAGAGUCAACCUCAUAUGACACCUUCCCGGAGUCAAAGUGGGAAACCAAAGCAAUCAGUACCAUUUCCAAAAUCUGUAUCUGGAAAAGGUACAUUAAAAAAAUAA